AUGAAGUUACAUGGAUUUUCAGUUGAAAGAUCUGAGGAUUGUGUCGUUAGGAGUUUCGUAUUUCCAAAUUUAAACAUAAACCGCCUCAAACUCAAAGUCAAAGCUAUGACAACUGCCUCAAACCUUACUCGUAUAGAGGUUUUGAGUUGGCUACUUUUUACGUGCGCGGUGGCAGCAGCUACCGAAAACAAUUCAGGGUUAUCUACUUUCAAACCGACUGGUGUUCACAUUCCAAUUAACAUAAGAAGCAAAAUGAUCAAGCCAUUGCCCGAAAAGGCCAUAGGUAACUUUUCAUUGAUAAUGAAGAUUCAAACAAAUAAUGAAAACGACAUGAAGCCAGAGUCAAUCAUCAGUGAGAUCCGGAACCAAAAGAAGCAAUUCCAAAAUUUGAAAAACAUUGAAACUGCUUUUGGUCUUGAUUCUAAUAACAUGUAUUCUAAAACGGUUAUAGAAGAGUUCCAAAGAAAGGUUGAAGGCUGUUGUUAUAUAUGUACAAGCAUGUGUGGGUAUCCUACAUAUGGCAUUGAUUUCGGGUGGGGGAAGGCGUUGAAAGCAACCAUUGCCGGAAAUUGUGGAAAGAAUAGCUUUAUUCUAAUGGAUACUCCGAAUGGGGAUGGUAUUGAAGUGCUUGCCUGUUUGGGAAAGCAAGACAUGAGCAUCUUUCAAACCAACCCUGAUCUGCUUGCCUGUUGUGCCAUUCAUCACCAAAGUCGGUUAGUAAACUUUUGA